GCCAGACUUUAUUGGAGCUUACAUAGGGAUCAAAAUAGACGUCACUCAAACUAUGGCGACUAUAUAGAAACAAGCACGAAGCACAUCUCCUCGGCCCUGUCUCCAUCGACAACCAUCAACAUCUCAUCGCUGGGCACACUACGCCAUGCGCACCUUCGUUUUAUCAUGCAUUACUAUACUAUCGCUCGGCCUGAGCACCUCCGCCCAGGAAAAUGCGUGCCGCCCGCAGGAAAUUGACGCCUCCUUCACACCCCUUGGAUGCUAUACUGACAGUGACACGCGCACUCUCGGGGGGAAGCAGAUAACCCUCGCGCAAAAUGACGCCAAAUCCUGCGCCGAUGCCUGUGGCUACUCCGGCUACAACAUUUCUGGUACCGAAUUCGGGAGGGAAUGCUACUGUGGCAGCAGCAUCAACCCGAUCGCGACCGAAGUGCCCCAGAACUCGAGCACCUGCUCAUACCCCUGCUCAGGUAACUCAUCUGAGGUAUGCGGAGGCAACUACUUCAUCAACUUGUACUCGAUCAGCAACGCCAAUCCCAGCCCGCUGCCUCAGGGCCACCGAGACCCCGUCUGCCAGACACAGCCCUUCUGCUCCAACAAGGCCUGCGAUACCUCGCUCACCCAGGAGGAGCGUAUCGCAGCACUUCUUGAACAGAUGACUGUCGAGGAGAAGGCCGAGAACCUGAUCAACUCUGCGGCUGGCGUGUCGAGACUUGGACUGCCAUCCUACGAGUGGUGGUCAGAGGCUCUGCACGGCGUCGCCACGAGCCCCGGCGUCGGCUUCACCUCGCCAAACGGCUCCGACUUCAGCUACGCCACGAGCUUCCCAUCUCCUAUUCUUACGGGAUCUGCAUUCGAUGACGAGUUGAUCCAUGAAAUUUCAUCUACCGUCGGCAAGGAAGCUCGCGCCUUCGCCAACUACAAGCGGGCUGGGUAUGAUUUCUGGACCCCGAACAUCAACACCUUCUUGGACCCCCGAUGGGGCCGAGGCCACGAAGUACCCAGCGAGGACAGUUUCCACCUUCAGAGCUACGUUAUGCAGCUCAUUCCUGGGCUUCAGGGGGGUGCCGACAAGACCGACCACAAGCAGAUCAUCGCGACAUGCAAGCACUUUGCCGUGUACGACGUCGAGACCAACCGCGAGGGACAGAACUAUGACCCCACCCAACAGGACCUGGGCGAGUAUUACAUGCAGCCUUUCAAGACCUGUGUCAGAGACACCCACGUUGGCUCCGUCAUGUGCGCUUACAACGCGGUCUUCGGCGAGCCGGCCUGCGCCAACAAGUACCUCCUGCAAGAUCUCCUCCGCGACUCGUGGGGCUUCGAUGAGCCGUACCAUUAUGUUGUCUCGGACUGCGGCGCCGUGGACGACAUCCAUGAGCCUCACAAAUUCGUCGAUAGCAAGGAGAAGGCAGCGGCAGUGGCCCUGAACGCCGGCACGGACUCCAACUGCGGCAGCACCUACAGGCUGCUCAACGAGUCCGUGGCCAGCGGCCUGACGACCGAGAGCCAGAUGGACAUCUCCCUGACCAGGCUUUACAACGCCUUGUUCACCGUCGGAUAUUUCGACGGGCAGCCCGAGUUCGAUUCGCUGUCGUGGUCCGACGUCGGCACCCCCGCGGCCCAGUCUCUGGCAUACCAAGCAGCCUGGGAGGGCAUGACGCUCCUGAAGAACGACGGGACGCUCCCCCUGACGAGCUGCUUCAGCUCAGUUGCUCUGAUCGGACCGUGGGCCAACGCGACCACCCAGAUGCAAGGCAACUACCAGGGCGUUGCCCCGUACCUGAUCAGCCCGCUGAUGGCAGCAGAGGUGCAGUGGACAAGCGUGACAUAUGCCCAGGGCACCGAGAUCGACAGCUCGGACACCUCUGGUUUUGAUGCUGCUCUUGCUGCAGCUAAGGCGGCGGACAUCGUUAUCUACAUGGGCGGCAUCGACACAAACAUCGAAGGCGAGAGCUUGGACCGCAGGUCCAUCGUCUGGCCGGGUAACCAGCUUGACCUGAUACAGCAACUGUCAGAGGUUGGCAAGCCGCUGGUGGUCGUCCAAUUCGGCGGCGGGCAGGUCGACGACACCGAGCUGCUGAGCAACGCCAAUGUCAACUCCAUCGUGUGGGGCGGCUAUCCCGGCCAGGAAGGCGGCAACGCCAUCAUCGACAUCCUCACCGGCGAGAAGCCCGUCGCCGGACGGCUGACGACAACCCAGUACCCAGCCGCGUACAUCGACGAAGUCUCGCUCUACGACCCCAACCUGCGCCCAAGCGACUCAUCCCCGGGCCGAACAUACAAGUGGUACAACAAGGAGCCCGUGCUGCCCUUCGGCUACGGGCUGCACUACACAACCUUCAGCUCGUCCUGGGCCGUCACGCCGGACGCAUCAUACGACAUCGGCUCCCUCGUCCACGGCCGCUCCAACGGCACCAUCCCGUCCAACAGCAGCAGCUCGUUCGCGACCGACGCCUCGGCGUGGACGACCGUCAGCGUCAACGUCCAGAACACGGGCGACUACGCCUCCGACCACGUGGCCCUGCUGUUCCUCAGGACCCCCAACGCGGGCCCGGCGCCGUACCCCAACAAGUGGCUCGUCUCGUACGCGCGCGUGCACGGCCUGGCCCCCGGGAAGACGCAGGAGGUGGAGCUCGACAUCAACCUCGGGGCGCUCGCGCGCGCCGAUGAGAACGGCGAUCUGCUGCUCUACCCGGGCGACUAUGAGAUGAUGUUCGACUAUGACUCUCAGCUGACGUUCAACUUUACGCUGACUGGCAGCCCGACGUUGUUGGAUGCGCUUGCGAGGCCGUCGUCGUAA